AUGGCUUCCGCGUCCACGACGACGGUAGCGACAACGACGACGGAAUGUCUCGCGUCUGCGAACGAUAUUCUCGCCGCUCACGCAGCUCUCAUAGCACGCGUGAAGUCGAGUCAAGCUGCCCGACGACGCCAUCUACAGUCGCUGCCGUCGCCGCCGCAUGAGCUCGUGCGACUUCCUCUCAUCCCGACGCCUUCGCAAUCGCGGUCGCCCUCUCCCCCCUCUACGCCGGAUUUACCCCCGCAGAAACCUAGAGAGAUACGACCGGACCUGCCUCCUGCGAAGCGUGCACGACUAGCGAGGUAUAGGAACUACGUGCCUGAGGAGGAGACCAUUAGGAAUGAUUACUCCCAGCGUUACGUCGACGGCGGUGAAUGGCCGCAGAACUGGGUGAUAGGUGCAGAACCUGAGCGAAGAUUUGAGGAGUAUCCCAAGCAACAGCGCCUCCUGACGCUCAAGAAAGCUUCCGUGAACGAACACUCCCUUCCAUCCUCUUACCUCCCUUAUUCCUCCUUCUCUUCCCUAACCACUCCCUCUCCCGCCAAAUUCGAUGUAAUUCUCAUAGAUCCACCCUUCUCUUCUUCGUUCACUUGGGACAAUCUACAAGAACUCCCGAUACCAGCGUUAGCUGCGGACCCUUCAUUCGUCUUCCUAUGGGUGGGAAGCGGGGCUGGCGAAGGUCUUGAACGCGGUCGGGAGACGCUUGCUAAGUGGGGCUAUCGACGGGCGGAGGAUAUUGUUUGGGUGAAGACGAAUAAUAAGAGUAACAAGGGUCCAGGGACAGACCCUCCGACUACUUCUCUGCUGACUCGGACUAAACAACAUUGCCUGAUGGGUAUACGUGGGACCGUCCGUCGAUCGACGGACAGUUGGUUUGUUCACUGCAAUGUUGAUACAGACGUGAUCAUCUGGGAAGGAGACCCGUCCGACCCGACUCUGAAGCCUCCCGAGAUGUACACAUUGAUCGAGAACUUCUGUCUCGGAAUCAGGAGGCUCGAAAUUUUCGGGCACGCUCGCGCAAGUUUGAGAAGAGGAUGGGUCACCGUCCUCACAGAGGGCGAGGAGGAGAAGAUGGAGCCCGAAGCAGACGGCGGGGUCAAGCAGUGGGAUCGUGAGGCGUGGGAGACGAGGCUAAAGGAGAUGGGCAGUGGGGGCAAGUACGUCGUGCCCAUGACGCCGGGUGAGUCCCCUUGUGGUACGGGUGCUUCGUUUUGCUGA